GUUUCUCUCCACCCAAAGAGGUCAGGCAGACAGAGCACGCCAUGGAACAGAGAACAUACGCACGCCAGCCCAGCGGCAAUGGAAAUACCCGGGCGGACGGCGGUGCUGCUGUCGCAACCUGGUUCUGUGGUGCUCGCAGCUGAGGGACAGGAAGAGGGGGCCGCUCAAUGGGGAUCAUCGCAAGGACAAUCACUGCAGUGAUGGCCAUACUCACUCCCACAAGUACGCCACACACUCGUCCUUUUUUUGUCUCCAACGGCCGGCCACUCUGCCUGCCCUUCUGUGUUGUGGCGCGUGGAUCUCAGGGUUAUUGGCAGGCAACCCCACGCCGUGCAUCGAACAAGGCUUCGAGUAUGCCUUUGCCGGCGAGCGCAGCAUUCUCGACGAGUUCGCUAUCACCAAGACGGGGGAGCUGGCCAACGUCCCCCCACACAGCCUGAUGGGUGAAGAUAUGGACGACAGGACCGUGAUGCACUUCCUGGGGGUGCGGGCAGAUGACAAGGGAGUGCCGACCAACGACACGGCCGUGGCUCCCCCUUCACCACCCUGGAUGGACACCGCCAUGGGCCCAUCGGCAGACACCACCUUGAGAGGGCCGCCGACGAGCGACACGGCCAUGGCUCCUGCCAACAGGACGAACAGGACGAGCGGGACGGUCCUGCAGGCCACCACAAGCACAUACGGGUGGGAAGAGGACAAAGAGACGGCGUACUUUGUCCAGUACUGCCAGUGGAGGUGCCAACAGGUGAUUUGACAUGCUGUACGUAUCGAUGGUUCACGUCAUCAUGUAUCACGUUGCUCUUUCUCUCUCUGUGUGAUGGGUGUGUGGUGGGUCCGUUCAUUCAUGCAGUUUGAGAGCAAGCUGUGUUUCUUCUUCACCUAUUUCCCAACCACCCGUGUGUGUCGCCUGCUGUCUGUCGAUACGGCCAGGCAGUACAGCGACCACGCCAUAUCGGGAUUCAAGUCGUGCCUCUUCAAUAACAGAGGUACGUGGGUGGACGGGAGGGCACCCCACACUUUUAAAGGUCAACACAUACAUACGCCUGCGUAUGCGCACAUCGGCACUGCCUCCCCCUUUCAGCUCAUCGAGAGCCCUUUUUCAAGCACCCGGUGGACGCGUCCACCCUCGCGGCUCCCCUGCCGAAGGUGUCGUCCCUCCUGCACAAGUUCUGGACCAUCCGCGAGGACGAAAUCGCUCGCAACGUGCCGUCGGAGGCAAGCGUCCUCAACCCGCCCUUCAGCUACGGCGACGCCGCUGCCAACUCGCUCUUGCGCAGCACGUGGUAUCGACCUGACUGGGUGGCCAUCGAGGCCAAGCUGCAGAGGGAGUUCUGGACUCCCAAGCACCUCAACGCGACCGUCAAGGAGCUGGAGGCCCUUGGUGCAAAGACCGUCUUUGCGGAGCGGUCGGUCAUCAAUGCGCAGUUGCCCAUCGAGUCGAUCCCGAAGGCUGCCGAGCUCAAGACAAUAUCGAGCAUCACCACGCCACGGAUGCACAAGAGCGGGAGUGCCGUACGGUUGGACGAUGGACGGCACCUCCGGCGGCGGCUGGUUGGUUCGGUGACGACCGAGGGAGACCAAUCGAUCGCCACCGAAAAUGCGCGGAAGACGUUUGAAGUGAGCGGGGCGGGCACGAGGUGCGUGGGAGCAAUCAGCGGCUCGUACGCCUUCACCACUUAUCCGUAUUACGAUUACGAUACCGGUUACUUCGUCGAGGACAGAAACAACACACUGGCGAUCAUCUCGUCAGGCGACCUGCCGCCAUUCCUGGAAGAGGACGACGACGACCAGGAGGGGCCUUUUUCGAAAUACGUCGUCUCUUUUGACUCGGAGAGAUACGCGUUCCCCUAUUACUACGGCCGGGACGAGGGCGCCGAGAUCUCGGAGAUCUGCUUCGAUGUGGCGCCGGAAACAAACAUUGCCUUCGCCUCGGCCCAGGCCAAUGUACGUACGCGACGAUACAAUCGACACAGAUGAAACAUUGGUCUGUCGGCUUGGUCGUGUGUGUGUGAUUCUGUGUGUGAGCAGGAUGGCGGACAGGCGGGCUUUGCCCAGGCAAUCAGGGCUAUAAAGGAGCAGCACAAUUGCGAGGGAGAGUUCGAUGACCUCAUUCUCUUCGACGAGUCAGUGAGAACGAAAACGGCACACAGCUCUCACCAUUUUCGCAUGUUUCCUUGCGCAACAUCAGGCCCUUCUUUGAGUUGGGAGUGGCGGGCGAGGCCAUCGAGGAAGUUGUCGGGAAAGGUCACCCAAUGCCUCGUCACCAAAUGGUUCUUACUCUCCGCUCUGUCUGUGUGUGUCAGGUACGGCCUACUACACGGGUGUGGGCAACCUCGGCCCCACAGGGUAUGUCUCUGAAUUCGUGGAUUCGGGCUAUACGGGUCCCAACAACGGCCCCCUGCACGACUUCAACCCCGACCCGCAUGAGGUGCAGCCCUUCCUGGAGUUCCAGAUCUUCCCGGAGGCAAAUGACAAUGAGGUGACGUUCAUCCUGCAGUGGGAUGAACCGUUCGGGGGGGCGGAGACGGACCUCGACAUGUUCAUCGCUUUCAGCGAUGACAGGGGCAUCCUGACCACGUUCAACACCGUCGGCAUUUCAACGGGCGGGGUGCCAUUCAACCUCGUCCAGGGAUACACCAGGUCACAUGAAAUCCGACACACACAGAGAGGGAGGGGCCGACGCGCGUACCCAUCCACCCACCCAUGUGUGUGUGUGGGUGGGUGUGUGGGGCAGGGGCAGCAAGGACCCUCAGGAGAUCGCCUUCUUCUUUGUAAGACCACAAGAGCACCCACCCAACUACGUACCCACCAUACACAUGUAUUCGCGCCCCUCCUCUCCGUGUGUGUGUGUGUGUGUGUCUAAACGUUUGACAGAACGCGGGCGAUGCCAACUGUGUCGACGGGGACGACACCAACUGCGUGUUUCGCCUGUUCGUGGAGCGUGUGUCGGGGCCCUGGGUGGGCCACGGCGCCCCGCCAGCCCCAGGGCGCAUACAGAUACUACUCAGCACCAAUGCUGAUGCAAGAGCGGUCUAUCUGCCCGUCAACAUCAGAGGGGAGGAUGUGAUUGUGACGAACGGGUCGUCGAUUUUCGGACACAGCAACACGCCAUCGGCCUUGGUCGUGGCAACCGCUCCUUUCAAUGUACGUAUGUAGGACAGACAGACAGCAAGAGACGGGUGAUACGUGCGUACAUGGACGGCUGGAUGUCUUGUGUGUCCUCGUUGUAUCAGCAAACUCAGUGUCAAGACCCAUGCGACUUUGAGCCCGUCGAUCCCGCUCAACUCGAGCCCUUCUCAUCAUCAGGCGGCACGCCCAUUCUAUUUGACGAAAAUGGUGGGCGGCAGAUACACACGCACACACGAAAGUGCUCCCAGACACAUGCAUGUCUGUGGAUAUUCAUGCGUAUGUGUGCAUGUGUCAGGUCAUCGCAUCGUUCCGAUUGUGCCACGACACCCCGACAUAGCUGGCCCCGACCGCGUGUCGACCACUAGAGCUCCUACUGACUUCUUCGGCUCCUCAGCGGCCACCCCACACAUAGGUCAGCCCUGUACACACAGACGACACACGGACACUCACACACACACUCACCCACACACUCACACAUCAAUGUGCGGUUGUGCUUGUGUGUAUGUGUGUGUGUACGGUCAGUCGGUCUUGGGCAGCUGAUGGUUGAAGCGAACCCCUCCCUGACACCGUUUGAAAUCUACCAAAUCAUCAUCGACACGGCCAACCCCAUCGAGCCUCCUCUCGGUGAGCUCAUCCCACCUCCCUGGACCCUCGCCGCAAUGCACGCAGCGCACACACACACACACUGGGUUGCCGUGUGCAUUGUGUGCGGAUUGCAGCGCCGCCAUUCAACUUCAUUUCGGGCAACGGGUUUGCGAACGGCUUCAGGGCGGUCGAGGAGGCCCUCAACCGGCUUUCGCCUGCCAUGAGGGCCGAGCGGUUGGAAAGGAUGCGGAAGAAGAGACUGAUGGGGAAGGGCAAAGGCAAGGGAAGCAGGAAUGGCAAGGGGAAGGGCAGAAUGAGGGGAAAAGGAUGACCGAGUGAGGUGUGGCGGGAAAGAGGAGCCUGAGGGCCGAUUGAUCGAUGGAUUGAUCGAUGAAGCACCAGAAGGGCGGGGAGAAAGGCCACCUGUUGGGACUCGAGACAUCCACGACUUGGCAAAGUAUGGCAGGCAAGUCAGAUUAGCAAGACACAGACAGAUGGAUGACCGUCACACAGCCUGCGGGCAAGAAGGACACGGAGGGAGAGAGAUUUCGCGGGAAGGACACAGGGACGGGGUGGACAUGACACGCGCACGGCAUGGCAAGUGCAGCAACGGAACCAAUGUGGGGACCGCUUAGUGCUGCUGGCUGGCUGCGUUUGUGGCCCUUAUCUUCGUGGCUGAGUGUGAGCGAUUUUUAUUUGCCACGGUCAACCGGUAAGGCUUUACAAUGUCUCUCUCUCUCUCUCUGUAUGUCCGCUUGUCUAUAUGUCUGUCCGUAUCUUUGUGCGAUCGUGCGUGUGUAUAUGCGUGCUUAUGUACGUAGUAGUUGUACGUGUGUGUGCUUGCGUGCGUGCGUGCGUGUGGCGGUGCGCCUGUUUUGUCUGUCGAUCUGUCUGUCUGUUGGUCUGGUCGCCGUCUGUGCAUGGCAUCUACCGCACACGUCGAGUGGUUGGGUGGGUGGCUGGGCGGGCGUUUCUUCCAUGCAGCGAUGGACUCCACGAAUGCGUUCAUUCACCCAUUCACUCACUCAGGCACGACGCAUGGAUGAUUGAUACUCUCGUUGCUUGCGGACGUCCUUGCUUCUUACGUGUACGAACACAGCCACCCAGCCAGGCAGGCACCCAGCCAGCCAGGCACCCAGCCAGGCAGGCAGCGGGCUUGCAAGCCCUCCUGCACGUGGCACAAGGACAAACUUCACGUGCAGGAGGCUAGUCAAGGCAGCUGCUAUGAGACAAAUCAAGUACAAAGGGGAGGGGGAGAAGGCAGCACUGCUUUUUUUCUUUUCGUGCUUCUCCUUCGAUCUGGCUCGCAUUUUCCGUACACACACGAAUGAAUACAUACAAACACAUGCGUACACACAUCGCACGGUCACACAGGCGUGUAAUGUGUGUCUCAGCUAAAGGGCGGCGGUGUGGUAACGUAAGGUAGGUAGGAAGGUGGGUAGGCAGGCUUGGUGUUGGUGGCUGCGUGACUGCAUGAGCGUCUG